AUGUCUAGUUCUGUCUCGAGCGUAGGCGUCAUGACGCCUCGCACCGUCUCCGAAGCCGAUCCAAUAGAGCAGUGGCUGGACUCGUCAAGCGCUGGUGUCGACACUCCUACACACACGGAGUGUACACCAGCAGCAUCUGAAGCCGGUGACAGAAUGCCAGAUCAUGACAGCCUUAGUCGCAAAUGCGACCCUCAUCACGAUGGAAAAUACAUCAUCCUUGACGUCGCCAACAAUCGCGCUCUCACGUGUCACAAUGGCAAUCUACGCCUCGAAACAAUCGACCUGAGCAAUCCCCAACGACAUAUUUCUGAGCAGGCUCAGUGGGAGUGCAAAGAAAGAGGGGGCUUCAGAGGUUUCAAGAACAUCGCUGAGGGGACCUUCCUAGGGCAUGAUAUUUGGUGGGACUUUUAUGCGAAGGUGUAUCAUCACAAGGGCUGGGAGGACUUCACUCUGUGUGGGCGGAAAGGUGGGUUGUAUCUAAUACAGAGCCUGGACUGGUGGACACAGAGACAAGUGUCUGCGAAGAAAGAUGGCAGUGGGCUGUUUCGACAAGACGAAGGAGGAACUCUGUGGGAAUUUGUCAAGAUGGCAAGUUAA